CUUUGGCAAAUGGAAGCAGUAAGCUUGAGGCAGCAGCUGCAGGAUUUGCAAGAAAGCCACAGGAAACUGUUGGGAGAAGAACUUUCUGGCUUGAGCAGUGAAGAACUUCAAAAUCUGGAAAAUCAAUUGGAAAUGAGUCUGAAGGGAGUCCGAAUGAAAAAGGAAGAAAUUUUAAGUGAGGAAAUCAAAGAACUAAGCCAGAAGGAAAAUCUCAUUCAUCAAGAGAACAUAGAAUUAUAUAAGAAGCUAGAUCUCAUCCGUAGAGAGAAUACAGAAUUGCAGAAAAGGGUAUCGGAUCAGGUUUCAUACAAACUCAGCAUUGGAUGUGACUUGAAUGAACCGAUCAAUCUGCAGCUAUAAGCCAGCCAGAAGUGUAAAAGAUUAAAGCACCAUAAAAAACAAUGAAACUGGGGUUAAUCUUACGACAAAGCAGCAAUGCUUUCAAUCAAUUCUCAGGCUUGACCCAGUGAUACUUUGGGCUUAAGCUACAACACAGAAACCCAUUAAUCAUAACAGUCACCUGGUUAUUUGACCCUUAAAAUGGAUUAUUCAAUGCUUGAAAGGGCAAUAUUAUCAUAACUGAAGCAAUUGGGAAUUUGGGAUCGAC